GUCCCCCAGGGGGAAUCCCAGAUGUAUAUAUAGGGGCCGACUUGAAACAAGCAGACUCACAUCGACAUCUGAUCUUGUCUACUUCGUCUGCCUGACUCGCAGUCACCAAGUAAUCCACAAUGUACAAAUCAGUUCUCGCCGUCCUUCUUUUGGUCGCCAUGGCUAGCGCCACUGGUUACGGAGGCUGGGGAGGUCUUGGAGGCUGGGGAGGCUUUGGAGGACUCGGUGGCUGGGGAGGUCUAGGAGGCGGCUGGGGAGGAUUCGGUGGACUCGGUGGAUGGGGACGUGGUGGAGGCUACGGCUACGGCGGUGGCUACGGAUAUGGAGGUGGAUACGGAGGCGGCUAUGGUGGAUACGGUAAAGGAGUCGUCGGAGUAGUGCCUGUUGCUGUUGGAGUUGGUGGAUAUGGUGGAUACGGAUAUGGUGGAUACGGAUAUGGCAAAGGCUACUAUUAGAAAAAUAGUUGAUGAUCAGCAAAAUGAACAAGAAAAAAAAAAUUGAUAAUUUAGAAUUCGGUUUUCAAAUAAAAUCCACUUUCAUAUAAGAAGUUA